AUGCAGUUCGCAACAAUAACAAUACAACUUUUACUCAUCUUUAAUUUAGUUUUCAUCAAGAACGCCCAAUCCAAAGUCUCCAGACCCUAUGGAAAAACAGGGAUCAGUCCAAAAAACAAAAUAUUCGAUAGCGGCUGCGAGAAUCACAAUUUUAAAAUAGAGUUUAUCAGCAGUUCAGUUUCAUGUUAUGAAACUGACACUGAUGAUGAUUCUUCGGGUUUUGACGAUAACGAGAAUGAUUACGACGAUCCAGCAGAGUCUGACACGUGGUCAUGGGUCUACACGUUCAAAGUCAUCCCGGGAUAUCAGGAACCUCCAUAUUUAAGAGCUCUUUUAAUGGAUGAGAGAAAUUUGGACAGAGUUAACGAUUGUCUCGAACCUUUUGAAAUUGUAGUCAAAUACGAUGAGAAGUAA